AUGACGCAUAACCAAGGGCAUGAUCAGGCGCGCAAGCAGAUUGUCGUGGCCAUGACCGGAGCCACUGGACAGAUCUUGGGGAUAAAAACAUUGCAAUCCCUACGUGGAUUGAACGUUGAGACGCAUCUCAUAAUGUCGCACUGGGCGGAGACGACAUUGAAGUACGAGACAGACUACAGCCCGGCAAACGUCCGCGCUCUGGCAGAUCACACACACUCAGUGCACGACAUGGCAGCGCCAGUGUCAUCAGGAUCUUUCAAGUGCGAUGGCAUGAUCAUCGUGCCGUGCAGCGCCAAAAGUUUGGGCGCUAUCGCCGCAGGCUACGGCGAGGAUCUCAUUGCGCGAACGGCUGAUGUGAUGUUGAAAGAGCGGCGGAGACUUAUAUUGGCCGUGCGAGAGUCGCCUUACAGUCUGAUUCAUCUACGCAAUAUGGCUACGGUUACGGAGGCUGGUGGGGUCAUAACGUCCCCGGUGCCGGCAUUUUACACCCGUCCAGAUACGAUUGAUGAUCUGAUUGAUCAGUGGAUUGGUCGGACGCUGGAUCUGGUCGACUUGGAUACUCAAGCAUUUCAGAGGUGGAAGGGUUGGGAAAAGGAUUGA